CCCCGGGCCCGCCAUGGGCCGCCCAGAACGGGGCGCGCUCCGGCCGCUGGCGCUGUUGCUGCUGCUGCUGCAGCUUCAGCAUCUCUCCGCAGCGGACCCGCUGCCGGGCGGCCAAGGGCCGGUCAAGGAGUGUGAAGAGGACCAGUUUCGGUGUCGGAACGAGCGCUGCAUUCCCUUGGUAUGGAGAUGCGAUGAGGACAACGACUGCUCGGACAACAGCGACGAGGACGACUGCCCCAAGAGGACCUGCGCAGACAGCGACUUCACCUGUGACAAUGGCCACUGCAUCCCAGAGCGGUGGAAGUGCGACGGCGAGGAGGAGUGUCCCGAUGGCUCUGAUGAAUCGAAGGCCACGUGCUCCAGUGAAGAGUGUCCUGCUGAGAAGUUAAGCUGCGGACCCACCAGCCACAAGUGUGUGCCUGCCUCAUGGCGCUGCGACGGAGAGAAGGACUGUGAGGGUGGCGCUGACGAGGCCGGCUGUCCCACCUUGUGCGCCCCGCACGAGUUCCAGUGCAGCAACCGCUCCUGCCUGGCCUCUGUGUUCGUGUGCGAUGGUGACGAUGACUGCGGCGACGGCAGCGACGAGCGCGGCUGCUCGGACCCGGCCUGCCCGCCCCGCGAGUUCCGCUGUGGAGGAGGGGGCACCUGCAUCCCUGAGCGCUGGGUCUGCGACCGCCAGUUCGACUGCGAGGACCGCUCGGAUGAGGCGGCCGAGCUCUGCGGGCGAGCGGGCCAGGGGACCACGGCCACGCCAGCAGCCUGCGCCCCGACCGCCCAGUUCACCUGCCGCAGCGGCGAGUGCAUACACCUGGGCUGGCGCUGCGACGGCGACCGCGACUGCAAGGACAAGUCUGACGAGGCCGACUGCUCAGCACCAGGACCCUGCCGCGAGAAUGAGUUCCAGUGUGGGGAUGGGACUUGCGUUCUUGCCAUCAAACGGUGCAACCAGGAGCGGGACUGCCCGGACGGGAGUGACGAAGCGGGCUGCCUUCAGGAGUCAACUUGUGAGGGUCCCCGCAGAUUUCAGUGUAAGAGUGGCGAGUGCGUGGACGGCGGGAAAGUGUGUGAUGAUCAGAGGGACUGCCGGGACUGGUCGGAUGAGCCUCAGAAAGUGUGUGGACUGAAUGAGUGUCUGCACAAUAAUGGCGGCUGUUCCCACAUCUGCACUGACCUCAAGAUCGGCUUUGAGUGCACGUGCCCAGCAGGCUUCCAGCUCUUGGACCAGAAGACCUGUGGUGACAUUGAUGAAUGCCAGGACCCAGAUGCCUGCAGCCAAAUCUGCGUGAAUUACAAGGGCUACUUUAAGUGUGAAUGCCACCCUGGCUAUGAGAUGGAUACACUGACCAAGAACUGCAAAGCUGUAGCUGGCAAGAGCCCAUCUCUGAUCUUCACGAACCGACACGAGGUGCGGAGGAUAGACCUGGUGAAGCGGGACUACUCGCGCCUCAUCCCCAUGCUCAAGAAUGUCGUGGCGCUGGACGUGGAAGUAGCCACCAAUCGCAUAUACUGGUGCGACCUCUCCUACCGCAAGAUCUACAGCGCCCACAUGGACAAGGCCAGCAUCCCGGACGAGCAGGUGGUCCUCAUUGAUGAGCAGUUGCAUUCCCCGGAGGGCCUGGCGGUGGACUGGGUCCAUAAGCACAUCUACUGGACAGACUCAGGCAAUAAGACCAUCUCAGUGGCCACAACCGAUGGACGCCGCCGCUGUACUCUCUUCAGCCGUGAGCUCAGUGAGCCCCGAGCCAUUGCCGUUGACCCCCUGCGAGGGUUCAUGUACUGGUCUGACUGGGGUUUCCAGGCAAAGAUUGAGAAGGCUGGGCUCAAUGGUGCAGACCGGCAAACACUGGUUUCAGACAACAUUGAAUGGCCCAACGGAAUCACCCUGGACUUGCUGAGCCAGCGUUUGUACUGGGUGGACUCCAAGCUGCACCAACUAUCCAGCAUUGACUUCAAUGGAGGCAACAGAAAGAUGCUGAUCUUCUCCACUGACUUCCUGAGUCACCCUUUUGGGGUAGCUGUAUUUGAGGACAAGGUAUUCUGGACAGACCUGGAGAAUGAGGCCAUUUUCAGCGCAAAUCGGCUCAAUGGCCUGGAAAUCGCCAUCCUGGCCGAGAACCUUAAUAACCCACACGACAUUGUAAUCUUCCACGAGCUGAAGCAGCCAAAGGCUGCAGAUGCCUGUGACCUGAGUGCCCAGCCCAACGGCGGCUGUGAAUACCUGUGCCUUCCUGCUCCUCAGAUCUCCAGCCACUCCCCCAAGUACACGUGUGCCUGUCCUGACACGAUGUGGCUUGGCCCAGACAUGAAGAGAUGCUACCGAGCACCUCAGUCUACCUCAACUACAACCUUAGCCUCUGCCAUGACAAGGACAGUACCUGCUACCACAAGAGCUCCUGGGACAACCAUCCACGACCCUACCUACCAGAACCAUAGCACAGAGACGCCAAGCCAGACAGCUGCCGCCCCUCACUCGGUUAACGUCCCUAGGGCUCCCAGCACCAGCCCAUCCACCCCGAGCCCUGCUACCAGCAACCACUCCCAGCAUUAUGGGAAUGAAGGCAGCCAGAUGGGCUCAACAGUCACCGCUGCUGUCAUUGGGGUCAUCGUGCCCAUAGUGGUAAUAGCCCUGCUAUGUAUGAGUGGGUACCUCAUCUGGAGGAACUGGAAGCGGAAGAACACCAAGAGCAUGAAUUUCGACAACCCAGUGUACAGGAAGACAACAGAAGAGGAAGAGGAAGAUGAGCUCCACAUAGGGAGGACAGCUCAGAUUGGCCACGUCUAUCCCGCAGCAAUCAGCAACUAUGAUCGCCCACUGUGGGCAGAGCCCUGUCUUGGGGAGACCAGAGACCUGGAAGACCCAGCCCCUGCCCUCAAGGAGCUUUUUGUCUUGCCGGGAGAACCAAGGUCACAGCUGCACCAACUCCCGAAGAACCCUCUUUCCGAGCUGCCUGUCGUCAAGUGCAAGCGAGUGGCAUUAAGUAUUGAAGAUGAUGGACUGCCCUGAGGAUGGGCCCACCCACUUCGUGCCUCAUGGAGUUCAGUCCUAUGCACUACUCUCUCUGGAUGGUGUGUGGUUGGAUGAAUGCCAUUUCUAUAUAUGGGUCUGUGUGAGUGUGUGUGAGUGUGUGUGUGACUUUUUUUAAAUUUAUGUUGCGGAAAGGUAACCACAAAGUUAUGAUGAACUGCAAACAUCCAAAGGAUGUGAAAGUUUUUAUAUGUAUAAUGUUUUAUACACUUUUUAACUGGUUGCACUACCCGUGAAGAAUUCAUGGGACAGCCACUGCUGAGUGACUAACAUGAUGCACAUAACCAAACGGGGCCAAUGGUACAAACUUCACUCAUCAUUUGAAUACAGUAUUUACAGAGGAUGUUUGAGUUGAGAGCUUUUUUAGGUUUGAGGGGCUUGAUUUUUUUGUAAAUAAAAUUAUGCUUUGUGGCUAUCCAUCAACAUAAGUAUAAAAAGAAAGAACGCUUCAACCCCCUUCCCCAUUUAGAUUAUUUAUUAACAUAUUUCGAAAGUAAGGUUAGCUCUAUAAAUAAUUUAGAGAAGUGAGAGUAUUUAUUUUUGGUAUGGCUGGCUCACUGCACAGACUCUGUGUUUAUGUGUGUGUGUCUGUGUGAGAGAAGAAAAAUCUGUAGAGAAGAGGCACGCUUAUGACUAUUGUUCAAAUACAUAAAAACAGUUAUUUUAAAACAGUCCACAAGAGGGGUGUCUAGUUUUCAGAGACACUUCAGAAACUUUACUCAGAAAACAGAUGCUACAGUUUGUGCAGGCACGCAGUAGGGAAGGUAGAUCUUCACCGCUGGCUACUCCUGAGGCCCUGCUGAGCCAGCAAGAUGCUUUUCAGUUCCUCUUUGGCUCUCCCGAUGCCCACCUAGGCUUUCUGGUCAGUGUACAGAUACUGAACAGUGCUACAAGCCCCCAGGAGCUCAAGAUAGCAGAGUCCUUCUUUCAAAGCCCAGCUUAGUGAGGACUUGGGUCAACUUCAGUAAGCUUCUUCUGAAGCAACUGAAGGCCGAGCCUUUAGAGCAGCCAUUGUCAACCCUUGUGGGUCAAAAGACCCUUUCCCAGGGGUCGCCUAAGAGCAUCGGAAACCAGAUAUUUACAUUAUGAUUCAUAACAGUAACACAAUCACAGUUAUGAGGUAGAAAGGAAAGGGAUUUUAUGGUUGGGGGUCAGUCCAACAAGAGGGACUGUGAAGCAUCAGGAAGGUUGGAAGCCACUGCUCUAGAGCCAAGUGAGUGCAUGUCUAGGGUUCCCAAGUUUACGGUAAGGACCGGCUCAGGCACCUACCCUCUGAGUCACGUGAAUGAGGACGAAGAAUUUGGAAUAGGUUUGGUUACAUCUAUUUCUCAUCCCCUUAUUUUCCACCAUUUAAGAAUAAUAAACAUGUUUCUUACCACCGUAUGUUCAUAUGGAUAAGACUAAGUCCAAAAAGGUGACUACAUCCAAAUUUAUAUUUCGGGGAAAUACCAUGAGAUAAUUAUAGCAUACUGGGCAUGUGUCCACACACGGAUUUGUUUCACUGCUUUAUAAAUAAAAGGAACAACUCUGGGUGUUUGUAUAGAAUUUUCUUCAUAUGUAACAUCUUUCCAUUUCCUGAGCCUUGGGGGUGGGGUGGGAGAAUGCCACUUGCUGUCUGUGAAAUCCACUGUUGGAAACAUAAUUCCAUAGUCCCCGAAGGAAUUCAGUCCCCGCCAAAGUGUGGUCUUCCCACGAUUCUGCUGUUCUGCAGUUCACUCCAGCUGAAUGACCAGGGACAGGUACAACACAGGUGUUUCGUUUAAGUGGCAGCAGACUAAUGUCUAAAGUUGACAUAACUGGAAUCUGACAUUUGAGGCAUAUGUCUCGUCUCCGCGUCCCCACACACCGGCUUGAGUGGCUCACCUGCUUGAUGUCCUUUCAACUUCCGGUGGAGACCGUCUGGAGACCUGUCAUCCUGUCAUCCUGUUCCUAGGAGCUUGCUCUAUGUCACUCAUGUUUUCCUAACCUUUAAAAAAUGGCUGUGUUCCUAGCCUGGCCAUUAUGUCUGACAACGCCCGUGUUGAUGGUCUUGAGAUAUAGUGACUAAAUGCAGCUGACCCCUGACCCAUUCCAGACAAGUCUCAAGGACAGGCAGCCAAGUCCCCUGGAGCUCGCCUGUCACUGUUCAUCCAAGAAUGGAGAGGAGAAAUCAAGUUUACUAAAGAAAAAGGUUGAAAGUGAAAUCAUCAAAAUUUACACAAGAUAGGCAGGGUUUUUUCCUUUAAUCUGCCUCCAAGGAAACUGAAAUGGUGAUAGUGCAUAGUUUCUGAACAAACGUUCAGAGCCUAGCCUCCACAACAAGGCUGAAACAUACCGUCUAGGGUUUCCGAAAGAUGAUAGAAUUCAUAUCAGAAAUACCAUGUUUCCUGAAUGUGCCACAGCUGCAGUCUGAAAGCAGCCUACAGUAAACAGCCGGGCAAAUCCAGGGACGGCUGGAGAGCGGAAGCACUCUGAGGGACCAGACCGACCUCCUCCUAUCCUUGGGAACUUUUUGAGCCUCAUUCUGAGGUGUAAUUCAGACUUCUGUUGCCUUUCACCUCUGCCUAUGUAUCCACAGCCAAUAACAGCUGGAAGAAAGCUCAGUAAUAAACCAAGAGGGCAGAAAAUUCAACAAACAACUUAUUUAUCGAAGCGAAGCCAACCCCUCCCUUCUCUAGAAGACAACUCUGAGCAGCCCGAACAAGGUCUCAGACCUGCACCCCCUCCACAGCUAUCUGCCCAGUGGGUUGACGGCGCUAACAGAAACGACUUUCCCGAAACUAGAAACUACAGCUUUGUUUACUCUUCAGAAUGUGUGUAUGUGUGUGCACAGAGGGACAGGAUGAGACGGCUUCUGACAAGGAGUAAGAAGAAUGAGACAGGAUUUAAACGGAUGUCAGUGAACACUGUUGAAGCCCUUCAGUUAUUCUCAUGUCUUAGCAACAUACUAGCUGCUGUGUGCCAGGCUUUGCAGACAUCGCAGGUCAAUUCAACAGUUUUCACCCUUUCCAAGCUCACAGCAGUACAUAUGGAUACAAAAAGAAAAAAAAAAAGAUUUCCAUAGAUUUCACUUAGAACUCCCAAGGCACAACAAAAGAGAUGGGCCAUUUUUCCUGAAGAGGUGAAAAUAGGUCUACAUAGGAAUGACCCAAAGCAAUGUCUUAAAACUUAAAAGGUGGUGUUCAGGCUGCUUCUAUGAGAAGAGAGACUGGGCUCAGACUGGGAGUGAGUCAGCAGCAGGACUUUCAAGGAAAACAGGGAGUUCCUUACACCUGGAAUAAAGAACUUUAGCAGGGUUGGCAAGAUGUGAAGCUGGAUGGAAAGACAAGUUCAACACAAGCACUUUAUAAAAUAAUGUCUGAUGUAAGUAAGCAGACAUGUGUUUGGUUGGGUCCUGUGUGCAAGGCAUCCUGGGAAACUCCCUGCCAGCACUUGGCAGGCAUCAUUCCACCUCAAGCUUUCCAGAGACCACAGGGAAAUGACUGUUUUCUUUCUUUGAGCCAGAGGUUUUGAUACGGUUCCUGAAGGUUAACAGAAGGGCGGUGGGCUUCUCAACAGAAGCACGCCAUGUUGCCGGGCACCUGUGAGGUCCUCACGUGGGAGGAAGAGAACAAGGUGGUUAAGAUACAGAAUCUGGAGAGGGUACCCCAACCACACUACAGUUGGGUGCUAUUGGGUGGAGGAGAAAACCAUCCUAACCCCACAGCACUACAAAGACGCUCCUGUCCCGCCACACUCCCACCAUCACAAACAGUUUCAAAUUCUGCCAUUUCCUUCCCCAUAAAAGCAUGAAGAUAGGGAGUCGGUCUCCUACACUAUAUUUUUAGGGUAUUUGGGAGUUUCCAGGAUGUGAAGAAUUUAGGUGGAGGAAAUUACGGCUUCAGUUUUUUUCAGUUAACUACAGGACGCUUCGUUCAGGCCGGGCACCAUGUGCACAGGCUUAAGAAGCAGCAGGAACUGCAUUUGCAAACACGUGUUGUAAAAAAUUAAUUUUA